GGAAUCACCCAAAAGCGGGCCGUGACACCUCUCAUCCUUCUCUCUGCUGGCCAUAGUCUUAUUAUAUAUAUGGGUCUGAUACCGAAUCCCUCAUUGACCUUGCAUAUAGUUCGUGGUGACUUUCGCUUGAACCUGACCGUGGAUCUUGUUACGUUCAGCCGAAACAAUUGGUUAUAUUAGGCUUGAAUUAAAGUGUAGUUGGUGUUACCACAACUUAAUCACUCAAAAAAUUGUAAACGACUUCGAGCUCACAACACGGCACCCGCGAUAUUAAUCGCGCGCAACGUUGUCACGCUCAGGUGCGUUCGAAAACAUCACCCGAGGACCCGAGUGCCUUUAUAUAUAGGAAUAGUUUUCAAAAUGUCAAGAGAGCGUGCGUCCAGAAGAUUUUAUCGCGUAGAUAGCACUAAUGAUUUGUUUGAGUUUAUGGACCGUGGCUACUCAGCCCAACAUGAAAAUCGGUGGAACUUUGAAGUAGCUUGGGAAGUUGCCAAUAAAGUUGGCGGCAUUUACACUGUAAUAAGAUCUAAAACUUAUGUCUCCACUGAAGAAAUGGGCGAUCAGUACUGUCUUAUUGGCCCGUAUAAAGAACAUUCGGCACGCACUGAAGUGGAAGAAGCAGAUUUUCCUUCUCAUAGUCCUUUGCAUCAGGCGGUACAAGUUUUGCGUGAUCAAGGAUAUAAAGUAAUAACAGGAACAUGGCUGGUGGAUGGAAAUCCUCAAAUAAUUUUGUUUGAUAUUGGAAGCGCUGCUUGGAAGCUAGACGAGUACAAACAAGAAUUAUGGAAUACUUCUAAUCUUGGAAUACCUCAUCUCGAUAUUGAAGCAAACGAUGCCGUAAUACUUGGAUAUUUAGUCUGUCAAUUUAUUACAGAAUUUAGAAAAGCAGCCGAGAAAAAUUCGAGCACUCCGCCGAGAAUAGUCGUACACUGUCACGAAUGGCAGGCAGGUGUCGGUUUAAUAGCUUUAAGAACAAGACACGUCGAUGUGGCCACAGUAUUUACUACUCACGCUACACUUCUUGGUAGAUAUCUUUGUGCAGGAAAGACUGAUUUUUACAACAAUUUAGACAAGUUCAGUGUUGAUGAAGAAGCGGGAAAACGUCAGAUAUAUCAUAGAUACUGCAUGGAACGUGCAGCUACACAUCUAGCACAUGUAUUUACAACAGUUUCGGACAUUACUGGUUUUGAAGCCGAACAUUUGCUCAAACGCAAACCUGAUAUUAUUACACCGAACGGAUUAAAUGUAAAGAAAUUUGCAGCACUGCAUGAAUUUCAGAAUUUACAUGCUAUUAGUAAAGAAAAGAUACAUGAAUUUGUGCGAGGUCAUUUUUAUGGACAUUAUGAUUUUGAUUUAGACAAAACGUUAUAUUUCUUUACUGCUGGCCGAUAUGAAUUUGGAAACAAAGGCGCCGACAUAUUCAUAGAAGCUCUGGCCCGAUUAAAUCAUUAUUUAAAAACAUCCAGGCCUGAUUUAACAGUAGUUGCUUUCCUUAUUUUUCCUGCAAGAACCAAUAACUUUAAUGUUGAAUCUCUUCGUGGCCAUGCUGUUACAAAAUCUUUGCGAGAGACCAUUAAUGAUAUACAACAAAAAAUAGGAAAACGGAUGUAUGAGUUAUGUCUUUCUGGUCGUAUGCCUGAAACUCAAGACUUGUUGCAGAAAGAGGAUACUAUUAAAAUAAAACGAUGUUUAUAUGCUUUGCAAAGAAAUGGAUUACCGCCUAUUACGACUCAUAAUGUUAUCGAUGAUUGGAAUGAUCCAGUAUUAAAUGCCAUUAGAAGAUGUAAUCUCUUUAAUACCGUCCACGAUCGUGUCAAGAUGGUAUUUCAUCCAGAGUUUUUAUCUUCGACAAAUCCACUAUUUGGUCUCGAUUACGAGGAAUUUGUUAGAGGAUGCCAUUUGGGUGUAUUUCCUUCGUAUUACGAACCAUGGGGCUAUACACCGGCUGAAUGCACAGUUAUGGGAAUACCGAGUAUUACAACAAACUUAUCGGGAUUUGGAUGCUUUAUGCAGGAGCAUAUAGCAGAUCCAAUGAGCUAUGGUAUUUAUAUUGUUGACAGGCGUUUUAUUAGUCUGGAAGCGAGCGUUCAACAGCUCGCACAAUAUAUGUUUGAUUUCGCGCGACUCAGCCGUCGUCAGCGUAUUAUUCAGCGAAAUCGUACAGAACGUCUCAGCGAUCUUCUCGACUGGCGAAAUCUUGGCAUUUAUUAUCGUCAAGCAAGAAUAAAAGCAUUGACUACCGUAUAUCCGGAACUGGCACCAGAAUAUGCAGAAGGUGGAAUAGGCCGAUUUAAUUAUCCUAGACCAAUCAGCGAACCGCCAUCUCCGUUAUCUUCACGGCACACGACACCGGCCGCUUCUAUACACGGUUCAGAUGACGAGGAUGAAGUUGAUGAUGAAAAAGAGUUGGAAGAAUUACGACAAUUGAGCGGAAGAUAAAUAAAAAGAUAAAAAGUACUAAGGAUAAAAAGCAGUCGUGUGCAAUGCAAAUUUCAAGAUUACGAAUGAAACGCGCACGUAAUACAACAGUGCCAAUGCCAGUGUCAUAUUAGUUGCAAUUUUUCAAUGAAGUACAUGUAUCUAUAUAUUUAAAAAAAUCUCAGAUAUUUAAAUACUCUAUUUUUAACACUUGUUAUUGAUAUCUGUCACUGCCGUAUAAAGCACAAAACAAAAACCAGUUCAUAAGUAAAGAUAUUCAACAAUAACUGUAAUGACUCAUUGAUUGUUAUUAUGAGCAAUAUUAUUAUUUGUUACUCCUUGUUCAAGCUUUGUUAAUGAAGCAACUCGUACAGUAUAAAACAUUUUAGUAAUGUUGCUCGAACUUUACAACGUUCGCAGUAAUAUUGUUGUAAUGUUUCUAUAAUAUUGCUGAAAUACUGCAGUGCUAUUGCAAUAUUUUGGUAUUUUAAUAAUUUUAUAACAAAAUUGUAGGAAUAUUUUGUGCUCUAUGAAAUUAAACAGAUCCAAAUCUUUCAUCAUAUGCAAUUAUUUUAAUAUAGAAAAUUUAAAUGUUUAAGUAUUGCGCUAUAUGUAUUACAUUAUAUGUAUAUAGGUACAUACGCGGACAAGAAUGCCUGACCAUAUAAAAUUAUGCGUUUCGAUUUCUUUAUAGAAUACGUUACAUGCACUAUAGAAAUUCUGAAACGCAGCUAACUUCAUAUGGCCAGGCAUUCUUGUCCGCCGUGUGUGUAUGUACAUGCAUGUACGUAUCGUACUCUUGCGUAUAUAAUAAUAAUUAAUAUAGUCAUACAAUCAAUAACUUUGAAAUAUAUAAAUUGUGAAAAGAAUAUAUGUAUUGUUGUAUAAAAAUAA